AGAAGAUCUGCGGGAUGGGGUCGGGUGGCUCCCUUGCCCCCAUCCUGGGUCUGUUUGAGCUACGAGGUUUCAUUUCAUCAGAGCAAGGCCAAGGCGGUCUGGAAUCGGGAACCGGAGGCUGACCCUGCACGGAUGGAGUUAGUGUUUUGGAAUGCCCCAACUUAUCAGAGGACUAAAGUGUUUAUAGGCAUUUAUUGGACGGCCUCCGCUUCCAGGCUUCGUGCUAGGAGCUGUGGGGAAUGCAGUGGGAAGAACAGCCUUGCCCCCUCCUCCUCUCGUUUGGAGGACAUAAAGAUUUAUACUACUUAGAUACUAACAUUAGGCAGUAAAUUAAAGGGGGGGGUCGAGGGUUAGGUUGUUUCCUUCUAAAGAAAGUCCUUUGUCGUUAAGUCAGUCUGCUUUCUGGCAUCGUGGAGGGUACUGUGGAAGCUAAUUUCUAAAUAGGACCCAAAUUCUAAAUAAUUUGGAGGAAAAAAAUAUAGGUAAAGGCGCAGCAAAGUCUUGAAUACUAAGUAGUAUGCUUGGGUUCUGGUUAAUUUUAACGAAUGAAAGUAAGAAACCCUUCACCUUCAAGAAUUGAAGCAAAAAUAUUUCCAAAAUAUGCUCAUAUACCUUUCAGUUGUAGUAGGUAGAAGAUAUUACGUACAUUGGGAUCUUUCUUUAGAGGUUGAAGAGAAUGCUGUGCCUUAGACAUCACUGAUGAUUUGUUAUCCUUGUACUGGCUGUUGUGAUUUAGAUGAAAGAAGGUGGGUUAGGUGUCUCAUUGUUUUCUGGAGAAACUGCAUUCUGUUUUUGUGGUUUCCGUGGUGAGUGUGGUAAGCUAAAAGAUUAGCAAAGAGAGAAAGAGACCAGGUGGAGAGAGGAGAAAGAGAGGAUUUUGGAAAAAAGCCCCUAAACCAAGGGAAGGCCUCCUUCUACUGCUUUAGUCUGGUCUGGAAAUCCCAGGAAAUUUGGGAAGACUGGCUUUGCCACCAUGUUGGCUUGGUGACCUGCCAGGAUCAUGGAUUUUCCUGGUCACUUUGAACAGAUCUUCCAGCAGCUGAACUAUCAGAGACUUCAUGGCCAGCUCUGUGACUGUGUCAUUGUGGUGGGGAACAGACAUUUCAAAGCCCACCGCUCAGUACUAGCAGCAUGCAGCACGCAUUUCCGAGCCCUGUUCUCAGUGGCAGAGGGAGAUCAGACCAUGAACAUGAUCCAGCUGGAUAGCGAAGUGGUGACAGCAGAGGCCUUCGCCGCACUGAUUGACAUGAUGUACACCUCCACUCUCAUGCUGGGGGAGAGCAAUGUCAUGGAUGUCUUACUGGCAGCCUCUCACCUGCACCUGAACUCUGUUGUUAAGGCAUGUAAACAUUACCUGACGACACGGACGCUGCCCAUGUCUCCCCCCAGCGAGCGUGUUCAGGAGCAGAGCGCCCGCAUGCAGCGCUCCUUUAUGCUGCAGCAGCUGGGACUGAGCAUUGUGAGCUCCGCCCUCAGUUCCAGCCAGAGCGGCGAGGAGCAGCCAGCCCCCAUGAGCUCCUCGAUGCGCGGUAACCUGGACCAGCGGACGCCCUUCCCCAUGCGCCGCCUGCACAAGCGCAAGCAGUCUGCGGAGGAGCGGGCCAGACAGCGCCUCCGACCCACCCUGGACGAGUCUGCCAUCUCCGACGUGACGCCAGAGAAUGGGCCGGGGGUUCAUUCCCGGGAGGAGUUCUUUUCUCCAGAUUCUCUGAAAAUUGUGGACAACCCUAAGGCUGAUGGGAUGGCCGACAACCCAGACGACAGCACCAUCAUGUUUGACCAGUCUUUUGGCGCUCAAGAAGAUGCCCAGGUGCCCAGCCAGUCCGACAACAGCGCCAGCAACAUGGCCCAGCUCUCCAUGGCCUCCCGUGCCACUCAGGUCGAGACUAGUUUUGAGCAGGAAACCACAGCUGAGAAGAGUGCUUUUCAGUGUGAAAACCCGGAGGUGGGCCUUGGUGAGAAGGAGCACAUGAGGGUGGUGGUCAAAUCUGAGCCCCUGAGCUCUCCUGAGCCUCAGGACGAAGUGAGUGACGUGACCUCCCAAGCGGAAGGCAGCGAGUCGGUGGAGGUGGAGGGGGUGGUGGUCAGUGCUGAGAAGAUAGACCUCAGCCCAGAGAGCAGCGACCGGAGUUUUUCAGAUCCCCAGUCUAGCACUGACCGGGUAGGGGACAUCCACAUUUUGGAAGUCACCAAUAACCUCGAACAUAAAUCCACCUUUAGUAUUUCAAAUUUUCUUAACAAGAGCAGAGGAAAUAACUUUAGUACCAAUCAGAACAAUGACGAUAAUCUCCCAAACACAACCAGUGACUGCAGGCUGGAGGGGGAGGCCCCUUAUUUGUUGAGUCCGGAGGCUGGGCCUGCGAGCGGGCCCUCCUCGGCCCCCGGUGCUCAUGUGGAGAACCCAUUCAGCGAGCCCGCGGACUCCCACUUUGUCAGGCCCAUGCAGGACGUGAUGGGCCUACCGUGUGUGCAGACCUCAGGCUACCAAGGAGGAGAACAGUUUGGGAUGGAUUUUUCCAGGUCCGGUUUGGGAUUGCACUCCUCCUUCUCCAGGGUAAUGAUGGGUUCCCCUCGAGGAGGAGCCAGUAACUUUCCAUACUACCGCCGCAUAGCUCCCAAAAUGCCAGUGGUAACUUCUGUCAGGAGCUCACAGAUCCCAGAGAAUUCUGCCAGUUCCCAGCUAAUGAUGAAUGCGGCCACGUCCUCAUUUGAAAACGGCCUCCCUUCACAGCCCGGCCCCCCACAGCUGACGAGGGCAUCUGCUGACGUCUUGUCAAAGUGCAAGAAGGCCUUAUCGGAGCACAAUGUCUUGGUUGUAGAGGGGGCUCGCAAGUACGCCUGCAAAAUCUGCUGCAAGACUUUCUUGACCCUGACAGAUUGCAAGAAGCACAUCCGUGUUCACACAGGUGAAAAACCCUAUGCCUGCCUGAAGUGCGGCAAGAGGUUCAGUCAGUCCAGCCACCUGUACAAACACUCGAAGACCACCUGCCUGCGCUGGCAGAGCAGCAACCUCCCCAGCACUUUGCUCUAGCCUGACCUCAAGAUAAUGCCAAUGCCAGUUGUAGGACCGGAACUAAAAUCUCGGGUUGGUUGGUGGUUAAUGCCAUGGGGUUUAAGACUUCAGGCUGUGAGUGGCUCUUGCAGAUUUCGAAGACCGAUAAGUGGAGAGUUCACAGGUGUAGUGCUUGUGCUGCCGCAUUUCUGAGUGCAUUGCACACAUUCAGAGAGGGGAUCCAGUCCCUGAAACCACGUUCUUCCUUAGGGUUGAGUAAUGCAGUCGGAAAGUAGUCUGUAAUUGAUGUUAGAAGUGGCACAUUGAAAAAUUAAACAUUGAAGUGCAAAAACAUUUUUUAGCAAUUUUUGUAAAACUGAAGCAUUUAAUUAAAUUUCCUAUAUACCUUCUGAUGAGAAUAUUAUAUACUUGUAUACAGUGAUGCAAAACGCACUUAUGUGUAACCAGUGGCAACUUUGUGCCUGUCUAAAAGGAACACCCUUGAGGACACGCCUGUCUGCCAGAAAUGCUUUAAAGUUUAUCAUGAGCUGGUUCUAGGCUUCAGAAAGUACUGUAUUUUUUUGUCUGAUUUGCAGUCACAGAUGCUGCACUUUGAUGGUGCUGACACUGGGUCCAGAGCGAGCAUUCUCUGGACUAACAGGUGUGUAUAUACUUUUGAAAACAUCAUUGUUAGAUAGAUGUUUUAACAAUUUUUCCCAGUUUUAAAGACAAAGUUGUAAAAGGAGUAUGUACUUAUGAAUAGGGAGCGACAAGUACGGUGUUGUUUCUGUAUGUGCUGUUUUAGCGGUAUUUUAACCAACUUGUAUUCCACGUUACAGUUUGGAAGUCAGAAGAGCUAGUGUGGUCUUUGUUCUGAUGACGUGCAGUCCUGUUAGUGGGGUCUUCUAUGGCGCGUUUACCCUUUGUUCGUGCAGAUUCGGGGGCCGGUCCGGCCUGACACAGCUCACCCAACGACAAGCCCGUUUUCUGCUUCGCUUCUUCACACUUUCGUGCCACUUACAGCAUCUUUCCUGGGCCUAGAUUACUGUUUUCAGGUAAAAAACUAACCAAAAGUGAAGUCGACCCCCCUCCAUCGUGGGCUUUAUUACUGUUAUAUUCUGUGGUUUUCAAGUACAGACCCUGAGCUUCUGUUGUUGCCCCAGCCCAAUACUGAAGGUUUAAAAUCCAGACACAGCAGUGUUCAUGGGUAAGUAUUUUCCCAUCUCUAUAAGAGGAUUGGGUAGCCCAGAGCCUAUAUAGAAGCCACCAGGUAGCAUCUGAGACAGUCUGAGGAGACCCCUGGGUGACUGACCCGGCCUUCCCUGGGCCGCCCCUGUGGCCUUCCAACCCUUUGGGCAGCAUCUGUUAGGCUGAGCCCUGGCUUGAGAGCUUCCAGGGGAACAGCACAGGUUAAUGGGUCUCUAUAGAGCUCAUGAAGUCAGUUUAAUUCAUACAUGAACAUGAGUUCAUUUUUUUAUACAGUUUAUUUGAGACACCCCAAACCACUGUGCAUAAUUGAGCAAAAUCCUUCAGUUCUUGUGUUUAGAAAAGUAGUCAGCAUGGGUCUUCUCUUAAUCUAGCAUAUGCAGUUACAAGUCUGUCUGUGGAUAAACUCAUAAUGCUCACUGUCAGAUUUAGCAUCUCCUAUGAACUGAUUCCCAGGGAGGAAAACCAAAAGGGAAGCCUCUGGUCGGUCUCCUGAAAGGGGAGGGGAGAGGUGGGGAGGCGGGUGGAGGCCGUGGGAUCACCUGUGAAGUUUGGUAUGUGUGGAAAAUUGUUAGUAGUCAUGUUCUGACAAUGUGAUGAGGCUCUACAUCCACCCCUCUGUGGAACCAGUGACUUGUGAGAUCAACCCUGGGAGGCAGGUGGGUCACCGUGGAGGAGGAGAGGCCCUGCCUGGCCUGGGAAGAGGAGCUGGCGGCACAUAACAGCGGUCGCCCUCCUCCCCUUCCACCUUGAGGAAGAGAUGCCAGGAGGUGGCCCCCGACCUGAGCUCAGGCUUCAGUGGACUUGCCUCGGGGACUGACACAGUGGCUGGAGCCCCGCCUCUCCACUGCCCAGUGGAAUCUGGAAUCUCUCAUCUACCUCUUAGUCAAUCGGUUUCUGUGUGUGAGAAGCAAGCCUGUGGGCCAGUGUCCUUGUACAUGCUGUAGCACUUAAAUAAUUCAGAGGUUCCCUGGAAGACCAGUCCCAGGGUUCCUACAACUGGUAGUUUCUACCUGAAUUUUAACCGGUAUUGGGUACCUGGAUUUUGAUUGGUUAGCCUUAAUUAUAGCUUGGCAUAAUCAUUUCUGGUGACCAAAUCAUUAAGUUCUAUCAGGGCACCUGGGUCAGUGGUGCUAUGCUGGUCAAAAUUUGAGACUUUGAAAUAAAAGCUUUGUCAUAUUAAUGCCUCUAA